CACAUUACAAUCGAAAAUCGGAAAAUGUUUUUAUUUGCGAACGAACUUUAAAGCGAUGUUGGAAUACUUGAAGGGUUACUCAGAAGUUAUAUUCAUCGUAUCUUCCGCAUUUUAAAUAUAUGUACGUAACAUGAGAAAACGUUUUUCUGUCACGUGGUUCCCGAUCGUGCCUUUCACGUUUCUUCUCCUGGUCUUGGUGGCUGUAAAGGGUUUUCCGUUUCCCUGUCCCUGACUUUAAUUGUCUGAGCGUAAAUCUGUCUGUUUUCUAAAAAUGUUGCCGUAUUGUUCGGGAAAUGAAACAUUCCUGCCAGCCUGGCAGUAUCAUGGUUUCUCUCCAUGUUUUCUGGAAACUGUCGGGCCGUCGAUAUUUUGUGCACUGAUGUUGGUCUUCGGAUCCAUUCAACUGCGGAUUUACCGAAAGCAUGGGACGACGUUAGCUGAGCGAGUUAAACCUCGCUCGUGGUUGUUCCAUUUGCAGCUUCUCUUUCUCGUCCUAAUGCCGCUAAUAAUCCUAUUUCGUCUAGCGGUACAAAUUACCGUUCUACAAAACCAUAAACCCGCUGGAUCCAUGAUUGUAUACUGUAUCGCGUACAUUAUCGCGCUGGGCGUUUCCGUGUCAUUGGUGUUCAUGGAACGAAAUUAUAUGCUGCCUACAAUUCCUACCAGGGGACACGGACUGGUUAUUCUGGGGUUUUGGGCCUUGGUGUUGAUAUUUGAGACGCUGUCAUUUGUUUCGUUCAAAAGUCCGUGGUGGUGGUGGAAACUCCAGACGUAUGACGAUAGAGUGGAGCUGGGCUUGUUCAUUACGCGAUACAUUUUUACCGUUUCGCUGUUUUUCUUGGGAAUUUUGGCUCCGGGACUGCCGAGCAAUCGGACCCUCAGCACUUGGUUGCAUGAGGAGCCCAAGCCGGAAGAUGCGGAAGGCUCGGUAGGGGCUGGAACGGGCAGUCGCACUGGAUUUCGGCAACAUGAAAAGUCAACUUUCAAGAAUCUCUACGGAAAAAUGAAGGUGUUGAUGCCGUUUGUUUGGCCACGGCGAGAUCUUCGCGUUCAGCUGUGCGUGUUUGGAUCGAUCGUAUUGUUAGUGGCCGGACGAGGAGUGAAUCUUUUAACACCAAUUUAUUACAAGCGUAUUGUUGACAGCUUGACAAAUCCAGUGAGUUUUCGUUAUGAUCUGAUUCUCAUCUUCGUAUUUGUACGGUUCCUGCAAGGCGGUGGUACAGGUGCCAUGGGAUUUCUUAACAAUUUACGGUCGUAUCUGUGGAUUCCUGUGCAGCAGUAUACCACGCGUGAAAUCGAAGUCAGUUUAUUCGGUCAUCUUCAUUCCCUCUCCUUGCGUUGGCAUUUGAGUAGAAAAACUGGCGAAGUCUUGCGGGUGAUGGACCGUGGAACAGACAGCGUUAAUAAUUUGUUGAAUUAUGUGGUAUUCCAAAUCCUGCCAACGGUAGCUGACAUUAUCAUCGCUAUUGUGUAUUUCGUCAGCGCGUUUAACGCAUGGUUCGGAUUGAUCGUAUUUGUGACCAUGGCACUCUAUCUCGCUGGAACUAUAUGGCUCACUGAGUGGCGUACAAAAUAUCGCCGCACUAGCAAUCUUUUGGAAAACGAAAGCCGUCAGAAAGCGAUGGAUUCAUUGAUUAACUUCGAGACUGUCAAAUAUUACAAUGCCGAAGAAUACGAAGUUGGUCGAUAUCGUGAGGCUAUCGUGAAUUUUCAAAAAAUGGAGUGGGCUUCCAAUGCCUCACUGUGUAUCCUCAACUUUUUUCAAAACGUUACCAUCAACUUGGGAUUUCUUGCUGGUUCACUGUUGUGUGCUUGGAUGGUCUAUAAAAAGGAUAGUUUGAAUGUUGGGGAUUUUGUUUUACUGGGAACUUACAUCAUUCAGCUAUAUGGCCCGCUGAACUGGUUUGGAACAUACUACAGAAUGAUCCAAACGGCUUUUGUUGACAUGGAAAAUAUGUUCGAUCUAUUGAACGAAAAGGAGGAAGUUAAAGAUCUUCCUGGUGCUCCUAUGCUGAACACUGUUGGUGGCGAGAUUGAGUUUCGCGACGUUUAUUUUGCCUACGAGCCGGCACGACCUAUUCUCAAAGGGAUCUCAUUCAAAGUUCCUGCCGGAAAGACCGUGGCACUGGUCGGGCACACGGGUAGCGGUAAAAGCACAGUUAUACGCCUCAUGUUUCGUUUUUAUGAUGUCCAGCGUGGAGCAAUUUUGUUUGAUGGCCAGGAUAUUUCAAAGGUGAAGCAGAAAACUUUACGGUACGCCAUUGGCGUUGUACCUCAGGAUACUGUGCUCUUCAAUGCUCCCAUACGUUACAACAUUCGAUACGGCCGCAACACAGCCGAAGACGAGGAAGUGGAAGAAGCAGCCCGAGCAGCGGAAAUUCAUGAUCGAAUACUCAGUUUUCCCGACAAGUACGAUACGGUGGUCGGUGAGCGAGGGUUGAAGCUGAGCGGCGGAGAAAAGCAACGGGUGGCCAUCGCCAGAACCAUAUUGAAAUCACCCAUGGUGGUGCUUUUGGACGAAGCAACGUCAGCCUUGGACACCCAGACGGAACGGCAGAUCCAGUCAUCUCUGGCACGGAUUUGCGCUAACCGUACAACAAUUAUUGUGGCGCAUCGUUUGUCAACCAUUAUCCAUGCGGAUCAAAUUCUGGUGCUGCAGGAGGGAGAAAUUGUGGAGCGCGGCAGUCAUGACGAACUGUUGAAAUACGAUGGAAAGUACCGUGCCAUGUGGGAAGAACAAUUGAAAGCGCGCUCUCUUGAUGAAUCACCCGGAUCAUCAGCGGAACCUGGAACGUCCGGUGCACUUGUUACCGUUGAUCUCUCCGAUUCGCACAGCGCGAAUGCGUAGUUACUUUGUACUUAUAAGUUUUGCUGAUCGGGCGGUAGCAUCACCAGUUACUGCUGUCUGCUGAUACUUGUUUUAUUUAUGUGUACAGUGAAAGUGUGAAAUAUUUAUGUUAUAUUCGGUGUGUUUAUUUGGUGUGUUCUUUGAGGGUUUUGGUGUUGUGCCCGUGUACAAACACACAAAAAGUUUGAAUAUUUUUUUCACUGCGAAAUGCAGAUACUCAGGUUGACAGUGCUUGAUUAUUUCUUAAACCGCUUUUACAUAAUAAAAAAAUAUAAAAGUGGUG